AUGCCUCGAGGUCAGAAGAGUAAGCUCCGAGCCCGUGAGAAACGUCGUCAGACCCGAGGGCUGGAAGGUGAUCAGACUACUGCAGCAGAGGAAGAAAACCGAUUAUCUUCCUCUCCAUCUUCAGAAGAAAAAUCCCAGAAUUUGCCUAGUGCUGGGAAGCACAGGACUUCAGAGUCUCCUCAGAGAGCUGCUGCUGCUUCCUGCGCAGAUUCAGAUGAAGGUACCAACAGCCAUGAUGAUGAGAGUCCCAGCACCUCGGAGGCCACUGAGAGGUCAUACAAAGAUCCUUUAAACAAUAAGGUGGUAUUGUUGGUGCAGUUCUUGCUGCAGAAGUAUCAAAAGAAAGAGCUGGUUACAAAGGCAGACAUGCUGAAGUCUGUAAUCAAGCAGUACAAAAAUCAUUUUCCUGAGAUCCUCAAGAGAGCCUCUGAGCACAUGGAGCUGGCCUUUGGUGUUGACUUGAAAGAAGUCGAUCCCAUCCGGCACUGCUAUACCUUUGUCAGCAAACUGGAUUUCAGCGUGGAUGAGUCCAUUAUCGAUGAAUGCAUACCCAAGACUGGCAUCCUGAUGAUUGUGCUGAGUGUGAUCUUCAUGAAGGGCAACUGUGCCCCUGAGGAGGAUGUCUGGGAAGUGCUGAAUAUGAUGGGGGUAUAUGCUGACAAGAAACACUUCAUCUAUGGCGAGCCCAGGAAAGUCAUAACCCAAGAUUUGGUGAGGCUGAAGUAUCUGGAGUAUCGCCAGGUGCCCAACAGUGAGCCUCCACGCUAUGAGUUCCUGUGGGGGCCCAGAGCCCAUGUUGAAACCAGCAAGAUGAAGGUCCUGGAGUUUUUGGCUAAGGUCCACGAAACCGUGCCCAGUGCCUUCCCAGCCUGGUAUGAAGAGGCUUUGAAAGAUGAUGAAGAAAGAAUUCAAGCCAGAAUCGCAGCCAGGGCUCGCAAUAGUGCCAUGGCCAGAGCCCACUCCAGCGCCACAUCCGGCAGUUCCUCCUGCCCCAAGUGA